AUGUCAAGCAGCUCCCAGCCCUCCGAUGCCAGCCAACAAUCAUCAGUCCCCUCCUCAGGCUCCGACGGUUUCAGCAUCACAAUAACCACAGGCGAAAUAGUCGGACUCGCAGUAGGAGUUACAUUCGCCAUCAUCGGCGUAAUCAUCGCAAUAGUCGUCCUCUGCUACUACUGCAGUUGUUGCGGCAAGAGGAAGAAUCGAUUGUCGACGAUUCGAUACGAUGACAAUCAGGAAACGGCCAUGUAUCCGGCCUGGAAUUCGCAGAGUUGGGCGGAUUGGAAUGCGUUGCCACAAACGUAUAAGCCGACGGGGGCGCAGAAGGUGCUAGAGAAGUUUGGUCAAAGUAGAAGUUGA